CUGCCGCCAGCCACAAAGGUCAGGUGCAGUUGGGAGUUGAUUGUACGGGCGACUCUCGGACAGCCCGCGGGCUGGGGGCGCCCACCGUCCACCGCAGUGGGAAGUCCGGUUUAAUGCCCGGUGGUCCGCCGUGCCCGCGGUCCCUCCGCCUCAGCGGACUCAUUGGGCGCAGCUGGGCCAUGCUGUUCGCGGCCGGGGGCAUCCCCGUGAGGCUCUAUGACGUGGAUCCGCGGCAGGUGACAGGCGCCCUGGACAACAUCCGGAAAGAGAUGACGUUGCUGGCACAGUCGGGCUCCCUGAAGGGCGCGCUGAGCGCGGAGGAGCAGCUGUCUCUCAUCGGGGGUUGUUCCGACAUCCGGGAGGCGGUAGAGGGCGCCGUGCACAUUCAGGAGUGUGUUCCAGAAGACCUAGAACUGAAGCAGCAGCUGUUUGCUCAGCUGGAUGGAAUCAUGGACGAUGAUGUGGUCUUGAGCAGCUCCAGCUCCUGCCUCCUGCCCUCCAAGCUGUUCGCUGGCCUGGCGCACAGGAAGCAGUGCCUCGUGGCGCACCCCGUAAACCCACCCUAUUACGUCCCAUUGGUUGAGCUGGUCCCACACCCAGAGACCGCCCCCGCGACCGUGGACAGAACUCACGCCCUGAUGCGGAAGAUUGGACAGUCCCCGGUCAGAAUCAUGAAGGAGAUUGACGGCUUCGCUCUGAACCGCCUCCAAUACGCAAUUAUCAGCGAGGCCUGGAGGCUUGUGGAGGAGGGCGUCGUGUCUCCGGGUGACCUCGACCUCGUCAUGUCAGAGGGCCUGGGCAUGCGGUACGCCUUCAUCGGGCCCCUGGAGACCAUGCACCUCAACGCGGAAGGAAUGCUGAGCUACUGUGACAGAUACAGCGAAGGCAUGAGACGUGUCCUGAAGACUUUUGGACCCAUUCCAGAGUUUUCCGGGGCCGCAGCUGAGAAAGUGCACCAGGCCAUGUGUGUGAAAGUCCCAGAUGACCCAGCGCACUUAGCUGCCAGGAGGGAGUGGAGGGACGGGUGCCUCAUGAGACUGGCCAAGCUGAAAAGCCAGGUGCAGCCCCAGUGAAGCCUGCCCGCCGCCCGCCACCCCCUCACUGGAGGCCUUUUGCUGGAAUUAAGAGCAUUUAGUCCAACCACUCUGAGCGCAGGGCGCGGGGUGCUUGGUGGACAGAGUCCGACUUGCUCCCCACAGGUGGCGGGCACAGCGGUGGAGGGUGGGCCGCGGUCACUUCCCAGCACGCCCCGGGCUCGGGGCCACCGCGACACUCGGGUCUGAGGGCUUGAUUCCCUGCACUCAGACAAGCCAGGGGGACAAGUGGCUGAAGGUCUGACCAUUUAUUCUUAGUGUGAUUACAUGUGGCUACAUUUUAAGCCAGUGAUUAUAGUUUCAAGUUACCUCAAUCAAGCGACGGAUCUUGGCAAUCAUCUCCUGAGCUCGUGCUGGUCCCUGUGGCCCAGCAUUUAUGAGACCAGCGCGUUCAUUUUGUUGAUGUUUAUUCCAAAUAAAAGGUUUUGAUCCCAUAGA